UAAGAAAAAGAAACAAAUCCACCGUGUCAGCAGUAAAGUAAUAACAAUGAAACGAGUUGUUUAGCACUUAAAGUCAUGGAUAAGGGAAGAUUCUCCUUGCUGCUCUUGGAGCCUGGUGAAAUCUACUUUGAAGACUUCAGUGCAACUCUGGUAACAUCUGACACAACAAUAAAAACCUAUGACCUAAAGAAAUCUGAAGGAAGACUGAAACUCUGCUCUAAAUCUCUGGUGUUUGAUCCCAGAGACAUCCAGAAACCACUCAUCAAAAUACCACUCAAAGAUGUGCAAAUCAUUGAGAAAUGGAAAGGUAGCAACAAGUUUAUUGAUGGUGACAAUGUCAUGAGGAUUGAAUCAAAACAAUACAUUGAGAUGUUGGAGGGAAAUGUCACAGCUCCAUACAAGUUUUGCAAUGAUGGGAAAUUUAUAAUUUCUUUGAAUUAUGCACAAAUUAAUACUUGCCUGCCUCAAAUUACUCAACUGAUGAGGGCAGCCACACUGCCAAGUAUUGAACAAGCAGAUAUGAUAGCUGUAAUUGUUCAUGCGCGGCAUGCACAAAUCAAAUUUGAUCCACUUUGGAUGGAUUUGUAUGAAAAAAUCCAAUUCGAGUGUCAAGUGAAUAAAAUAACGCCGCUGGUUGUAAAUCCCGGCAGGAUUGUGCUAACGAAUUCGAGACUUUAUUAUCAGCCUUACAAUAAUUGUGAAAUUAGUCAUGUGGUUAAAAUCAACUUAAACAGUAUUAAACAGAUAUUCCGACGGAGAUUUUUACUCAGACACAUUGGUAUUGAAAUAUACUUCAAUGAAAGCAAUUCAAAACAUGAUCACAUUUACAUCUCACUGCUCAAUGAAAAAGAGCGGAAUAAUUUGUACGAUAUGAUUUUACAACAAAACGAACUCAAAUUAUCCAACAAAGACCAGGAUAUGAUGACUCUUCAAUGGCAAAAUGGCGUGAUAUCAAAUUAUGAAUAUUUAUUAUAUAUCAAUAGUUUAGGAGAUCGUACUGUAAACGAUUUAACUCAAUAUCCAGUAUUUCCGUGGAUCCUCUUGGACUACACGUCGAAGUCGAUCGAUAUCAACGACAAAUCAAUCUAUCGCGACUUAUCGAAGCCAAUCGGUGCCUUAAACCCGGAGCGUGCGAAUAAAAUCGCUGCGCGUUAUGAAGAAAUGUCUGAACCUCGCUUUAUGUACGGCUCGCACUAUUCUACGCCUGGAUUUAUUUUGUUUUAUUUGGUUAGGCUAUAUCCGCAUUAUAUGUUGUGUCUUCAAAAUGGCCGAUUUGAUCAUCCGGAUAGGAUGUUCAAUUCAUGUCAGCAUUUAUGUAAAAAUAUCUUGGCGGAUAUGUCAGAUUUUAAGGAAUUGAUCCCGGAAUUCUUUGAUGUUGAUGCCGGUGGAGCGUUUUUGGUAAAUAGUUUGGGGAUUAACUAUGGUUACCGCCAUAAUGGAGUCAAAGUUGGCGAUGUUGAACUUCCAGCGUGGGCCGAAAGUCCCAAACAUUUUGUUCAAACAUUAAGAAAUGCUCUUGAAAGUGAUAUUGUAUCAGAAACAUUGCAUUCAUGGAUUGAUUUGAUUUUUGGGUAUAAACAACGUGGGGAGGAGGCAGUGAAAGCUAAAAAUUUGUAUUACUAUUUAUGCUAUGAGGGUAGCGUAGAUUUGGACUCUAUUACUGAUCCAAACGAGAGACACACGUUAGAAGUGCAGAUAAUGGAAUUUGGGCAGAUUCCUAAGCAAGUGUUUCAAGUUCCACACCCGAAACGAAGAAAACCCCUACAGAUGUUAAUCGAGCCUCAAAUUCAAGUAGAAAUGAACAUUGCGGAUAUUUGGAAACAAUCAAAGCAAUUGGAAUUAAAAUCUACGUUUUCAUCUCAUAAAGAUAAAGUUACAUGCGUUUUUAUUACCGAGGACAAUGAAAAAGUGAUAUCGGUUGGAUACGACUUCAAAAUGAAGGUGUUUUCGCUCAAACAAAACCGACAAGUGCGUAGUGCCAGCCUGGGUAACAUGCCACUAAGUUGUUGCCUAAAAAUCCCUAAUAGUAAUACACUAGUUAUUGGUACAUACGGCAACGAAAUAAUCUUAUACGAUUUGGAUUUUGGUAAAGUAAUCCAAACUGUCACCGGACACGACGACGCCAUUUUGUGCCUAGCCUACAACUCAAAACCUAAUUCACUCGAUGUAGUUUCCGGUAGUGGGGAUUGCACGGUGUGCGUAUGGAACGGUUCUAAUCUCAACGGCGUCAUCAAACCAAUUCAGUAUCAUUCGCACACGUUUGACCACAAUUCUCAUGUAAAAUGCGUUGCUUUUCAUCCGAUGGACGAUCACUUAGCCGUAGGUACCGAAGACGGUGAGAUUUACAUUUGGCAAGCCAAUGAACGCACAUUAGAGCGCAAAUAUCACAUGCACUCGGCCAAGGUCACUGCGAUCAGUUACAGCCCCGAUGGGCAGAAACUCAUCAGUUGCAGUGCGGAUAAAACUUUUCAAGUUUUGGAUAUCAACACAGGAAUGCCGGUGUAUAAGAAAAGUUUUAAUGCGGCAUUGAACUGCUUAAAAUGGAGAGAAUUUAUUUUGUUGUUAGGAUCUGCUGAUGGGAAAUUAUAUGUGUGGGAUAUAAAUGCUGUGAGGAUGUUGAUGGAGGUGCAAGCGCAUAGAGGUGCUAUUUUAUCAUUGGACAUGAGUUCCGACCUGAAAACAGUGGUGAGCGCUGGUGAUGAUAGUGAUAUUAAAAUUUGGGGCCCGAAUAUUAACUUAUUUUCAUAGCAUAAGCUUGAGAUUAAAAGUAUUUUAAUUAUUAAA